CGCACACUUCAACAACAAAGCUGCUAAUUUAACCACUUAGGUAGCUUGCUAGACAACAGAAAAGCGAAACACUGAAGCGCCUUAGCCCAUUUUGGAUAUAUUACUCUGUGUUUUAAACACAAUUCUGUUUACGUAUCGAGUAACGUAAGUUCACUUAAACGUAACUGACAAUUUGUUGAAAUUGAUAGUCAAAUUAGCACUAAGCUAGUCGCUAAUGCUAACUAACUAGCUAGCUUGCUAACAUCCCCGACCAUGAGCUCAGUAAGCUACUCUGCUAAAGAAGAGGAGGUCUGUUGGACGGAGAAAGAAGCUCUGGGGCUGAACAUUGUCGUAAAAGACGAAGACGAGGAUAUGACCAUGCAAUCAGAGGAAGGGGCUUUCAAAACGAUAAAAGAGGAGGAGGAUGUUACAGUGAAAGAGGAGAAAGAAACGUUUGGGGUAAAAGAGGAAGAGUGGAUAGAGGCUGUCACAGUGGAAGAGGAGGAGAUGGAUGCUUUCAGAAUUAAAGCGGAGGAAGAUGAGGAUAUCAGCGUGGAAGAGGGGAUAGAGGCUUUCACAGUGGAAGAGGAGGAGGUAGAAGCUUUCAAAAUCAAAAAUGAGGAAGAGGAGGAGGAUAUAUUUAAAAAAGAGGAAGAGCCUUCUAGAGAGGAAGAGGAAGGAGAGGAGGAGACUGAACAAGAUCUGAUGAUCACCAGAGAAAGAUCAGACUCAGAGGAACCAGAGACGUCCAAAUCAGCAAAACCACACGACUGCUCCCACUGCGGGAAGAGUUUUACCAAGUUAGGAAACCUGAGAAGACAUGAGAGGACACACACAGGAGAGAAACCUCAUCACUGCUCCCAGUGUGGGAAGAGUUUUACCCAGUUAGGGAACCUGAAAAUACACGAGAGAAUACACACAGGAGAGAAGCCCUACGAAUGCUCUCAAUGUGGAAUGAGUUUUACCAAGUUAGGGUACCUGAAAUCACACGAGAGAACACACACGGGAGAGAAGCCUUUCCACUGCUCACUGUGCGGGAAGAGUUUUACAGAGUUAGGCAACAUGAAAAGGCACGAGCGGACACACACAGGCGAGAAGCCUCAUCACUGCUGUCAGUGUGGAAAGACUUUUACAGAGUUGGGGAGCCUGAAAAUACAUAAGAGAAUACACACAGGGGAGAAGCCUUACCGCUGCUCCCUGUGCGGAAAGAGUUUUACAGAGUUAAGCAACCUGAAAAAACAUGAGAGGACACACACAGGAGAUAAGCCUUUCCACUGCUCCCUGUGUGGAAAGAGUUUUACAGAGUUAGGGAGUCUAAAAAUGCAUAAGAGAAUACACACAGGAGAGAAGCCUCAUCACUGUUCUCAGUGCGGAAAGAGUUUUACGAAGUUAGGGAACCUGAAAAUGCAUGAGAGAAUACACACAGGAGAGAAGCCUUACCAAUGCUCCCUGUGCUUAAAGAGUUUUGCCUCAUUAAGGCAAUUGAAAGAACAUGAAAGAAUCCACACCAUAGAGAAACGUUAGCUAUGCUCCUAGUAUGGAAUUGUAUAUUUUUAACCAGUCAGUUUUAACCAGUCAGUUUUAACCAGUUAGUUUUAACCAGUCAGUUUUAACCAGUUAGUUUUAACCAGUUAGGGCACCUGAAAAAACCAUGACGUAAUACAUACAGUGACGAUGCCUUACCGCUGUCCCAGUGUAGAAACGAAUAUAGCACAUCAAAUAUACUUUAAGUUAAUGACGUUCUAUUUUAAAGCUACAAUGUGUAACAUUUUUGUGCAAACCUGACACACAUUCACACAGAAAACCCCCACAAAUAAUGCUCCCACACUUGUCUCAUAUAUUGUACCGCAAAAGGUUUUGCUUUUGU